CUCAUUUCUCUCCCAGAAUUCAUCUGCCUAACGGUACGACCCCCAAACACUCCUCUUAAGAAGAAGAAGAGAGAAAAAAAAAAAAAGAAAGAAGAAUGUGUCCAUCUGGUAGAAGUUUAGCUUCAAACGGCAAAACGACGUCGGCCAGGCUGGAUUUCAGGACAGCAUUUGACGUUCUCGACGCGGACCGCGAUGGGAAAAUUAGCCGAGACGAUCUUAGGAGUUUUUACACGGGAUUUUUAAGUGGCGGCGCCGACGAUGAUGUUAUAGGGUCUAUGAUGUCUUUGGCGGACUUUAAUAAAGAUGGGUUCGUGGAGUACGAGGAAUUCGAACGAGUUUUGAAUGGUAAUGGAAAGAGGAAGAAGACCUAUAAUGGAGUCAUGGAGGAUGUGUUUAAGGUUAUGGACAAAGAUGGAGAUGGCAGAUUGAGCCAUGAAGAUUUGAAAAGUUACAUGCAGUGGGCCGGAUUUGAUCUAGCUGAUGAAGAUGUCAAAGCUAUGAUCAAAUUGGGUGGUGGAGAUGAUAAAGACUCUGUAUCUUUCGAUGAUUUGCUUAAGAUUUUGUCUCUUGAUAUAUGAUUCCAUAUCACAAUUAUGUAAAAGUUGGAUUUUUAAUUAACAUAUGAACGAUUUUUUUGCUUCA